AUGUCAGAAUAUUCGAUUUAUAAGGUUACCUUUCUUCUUAGGCUGCUUUGCCUAUACUUCUUGUGCAAACAUGCGGACAAUGUAUCAAAAGAAAAAGUUCCACAAAUUUUAGCUAAAAAGAAGUCAAAAAAAAUUGGAAUUAGAAGCCAAGAUCUGCAGGAUCUAUUUGAGAGAUCGAUGAAGGGUAGUGGCAUUGCUCUUUCGUCUCCGAGGCUUGUCAUUCCUGCUGCAAUAUAUGGACUAUGGGAACUGUCUCAACAUUUUGGCCAUGACAUUUUUUAUUUUCAGCUAGUGCCUGCUAUGGUAGGACUGUUUUCAUAUAAGGCUGCUGCACUUGUGCAAGUCUACCGAGACAAUGAAGACCUUCAAUUUAUUUUCCCUGAUAAUGCAAUAGAUUCAAAUGACUGA